AUGCAGAUCCUGCCAGGAGAGGAGGAGAUACAAGAUUUUCUGUCCUGCCAGCUCAACACUUCCUGCCUGACGCAGGUUCGCUCCAGGAACGAGUCUGCCCUCGUCUACACUGCCCUCUCCUUUGUGUCUGUGCUGACGGUGCUGCUCAACAUGCUGGUCCUCAUCUCCAUCUCCCACUUCAGGCAGCUCCACACCCCCACCAACGUCCUGAUCUUCUCCCUGGCCCUGACCGACCUCCUGGUGGGAGCACAGAUGAUCCCUAUGGAAAUGAUCACCAGAUCCAACCCAUGCUGGUACCUGGGCAGGCUGAUGUGUGCUCUGGUCCCCUAUUCUAGUGGUGUCUUUUCCGUUUUCUCUAUAUGGAACCUGGCUCUCAUAUCUGUCGACCGCUACAUUGCCGUGUGUGAACCACUCCUGUAUCCCUCCAGGGUCACCAUGAGGAGAAUUAUUUUGUGCUGUUUCCUGAACUGGAUUUGUUCUAUGAUUUACUGUGGGUGCAUUAUAAUUAUUCUGUACAUGAUAAUAUUCACUGUUGCAAUCUCCCAGGCCAGGAACAUCAAGUCCAACUCAGUGAGCAUUGAGUCUGACUUGAUGAAGACCAGUAAAUCAGAGAGAAAAGCAGCAAAAACUCUCAGCAUAGUUAUAGUAGUUUAUCUGCUUUGUUUUGCUCCAUACUUCUGUUCACCUUUCUUUGCAGAUUGGUCCUCACUGAUCGCUAUGAUUUGGAUUGCUCAGAUGAACUCCUGUCUCAACCCUCUGAUCUAUGCUUUCUUUUACCCGUGGUUUAAAAAGUCUGUGAAAUGCAUCAUAACCCUGAAGAUACUGCAGCCCUUCUCCUCUGAACUCAACCUGAUGUAG